AUGAUUUAAUUGAAAGCCUUUAUGAUGUUUAAAAAAGAGAAAUGUAUGCAGAAAAUUGAGCAGAUAAAUUCUUUUAAUAAGUUUUGUAUUUAAUUAUUAUAUAAAUUUAGACUUCAAUUCUCUAAAGAAAAUGUUAGAUUACAAGGUUAAAUUACUUAUGAUCAAGUAGCAGCUGAAUUUACUUAAUAAAUAUUAAUGA